UAAAAAAAAAGAAAGAAAAAACACAACAACGCUUUCUGGGCUCGAGCGGCUUCCGUUCCAGGUGACUCCCAUUUCCACACUGACAGCAGUUUGCUCCGCGGCCACAGGCUGGUCCGAGCUCCGCCAGCUGACGCAGCAGCAUCUAGCAACAGUUAGCAGGGGGAGUCCGAUCAUCGAGACCCCGGUGAUCACCACCACCACCACCGCUCUUAUUAUCAUUUCUGUCUACAAUGAAGAAGUUAAAACGACCCAGCUCCUGACGUCCACACUGUGGCCGAUGAAGGUUUGCGGCGGCGGCGAGGCUGACUGACAUGGACGCUAGUGACAAUAAGGAUGUGAAGCUUUCAGCCGAAGUGGAACCGUUCAUCCCACAGAAGAAAGGUCUUGAAGGAACCCUGGUCAGCAUGAGUCUUUCUGGAGAGGCCAGUGGUGGAGGAGGCAGCGGAGGUAUUGGAGGAGGAGGAGGUGGUGGCGGGGUGGAAACCACUCCCAUACCAAGCUACCUCAUCACCUGCUACCCUUUUGUCCAGGAGAACCAAGCCAACAGGCAACAUCCUAUGUAUAAUGGAGGGGAGCUGCGCUGGCAGCAGCCUAACCCUAACCCCGGUGGACCGUACCUGGCCUACCCCAUCUUGUCUUCCCCCCAGCCUCCUGUGUCCAACGAGUAUGCUUACUACCAGAUUAUGCCUGCUCCCUGCCCACCUGUCAUGGGCUUCUAUCAGCCCUUCCCUGGCACCUACACAGGUCCUGUGCAAACUGGAGUAAUCAACCCAGUCUCAGCAGAUGUCGGGGAGAGGCCACUGCCUCUGGGACCAACAUAUGGGAUGGCCAGUCAGAGGGGGAGAGGCAUGGUCAGACCUAACGUUCUCCCAAAGCAACAGUUGGGUGUGUGUCAGCCUUCAAGAGGUCGUCGGCCUCCAACAAGGAAUGUAGCUGUGCAGAAGGAGGUGUGCACCUUGGGGCCCGAUGGUAGAACCAAGACCGUCAUGCUGGUUGAUGCAGCACAGCAGACCGGUAAAAAUACUGUGGCAACAAAUUUCCCAGGUGAGGUAUCAGGGCGAUGUGCUGCUGAGCGGGCCAGUCCUCUGCUGUGGAAGAACCGAACAAAGAGAAGACGGGCGUCCCAUCCAGCUGAGAACUACAACGAGCAGGGCACCUGUGAGGCAGAUAUAGACAGUGACAGCGGAUACUGUAGCCCCAAACACAACCAGGCCACUGGGGUAACACAACGAACAACAGAGCAUACAGCAGCACCUACGGGAGUAGAGGCUGGUGUCAUGACAUCAGACACCUGGGUAAAUGUAGCCUCUCAGGCGACACCAAAGUCCUGGGGGGACAGGAACGGCCAGUUUCACAGAGCAGAGCAGAGGAAGAAUCCUGAACAGCGGAACUUCUCACAGGAUUUCCACAAUGGUUAUCCAGGGCGUUUGCCACCCAACCAGUCCGAACAAAGACUGCAGCCAGCAGCGGUCACUGGCACUGAGCUCACUCCAGAGCCCCUCUACUUUGAGGAUGAAGAUGAGUUUCCAGAUCUUGCUACUGGAGGAGCCGUCCAACGUAGCACCAAGCCAGAAGCUGCUCAAGCUCAGACACACACGCAACCCAAGCUGCCCAAAAACCUGCUGGAUAACCUACCAGAAAACUCCCCUAUCAACAUUGUGCAAACACCCAUCCCCAUCACCACGUCUGUUCCCAAGAGGGCCAAGAGCCAGAGGAAGAAGGCUCUAGCUGCUGCCUUGGCCACUGCACAGGAGUACUCUGAAAUCAGCAUGGAACAGAAGAAACUACAGGAGGCAUUCACCAAAGCAGCAGGGAAGAAGAGUAAAACCUCUGUUGAGCUGGACCUGGGAGACAUGCUGGCAGCUUUGGAGAAACAUCAGCAGGCUGUGAAGGCCAAACAAAUCACCAACACCAAACCACUGUCCUUUACAGUUGGAACCACCACUCCAUUUCACAGCUCAGGCUCGACCAAUGUGCCCUCCAUGUUGAAGGGUCACCAGCAGCCAUACUCAGCCCCACAUAAUGCCCUGGAUUCCACUGCACCCCGCAUCAAGAGAGGGAAGGAGAGAGAGAUUCCCAAAGUCAAACGGCCAACAGCCCUGAAGAAGAUUAUCUUGAAAGAACGUGAAGGGAAGAAAGGCAAGACGAGUGUGGAACAAGAGUCCUCAGGCCAGGAGGAAAAUGGAGAUGAGUGUCUCCGUUUUACUGAUGAUCUUACACAAGAGCCUGCCUCCCAAGAAGAGAAUGGUCUGAGUGUGCCCAGUGAUGCGUCCCUUUCCCCAGCCAGCCAGAACUCUCCAUACAGCAUCACUCCAGUGUCCCAGGGUUCUCCUGCCAGCUCUGGCAUCGGGAGUCCCAUGGCAUCAAAUGCGAUCACCAAGAUCCACAGUCGACGUUUCAGAGAGUACUGUAACCAAGUUCUGAGUAAGGAGAUCGACGAGAGCGUGACUCUGCUGUUACAGGAGCUGGUUCGCUUCCAGGAGCGGGUCUACCAGAACGAUCCCACCAAGGCCAAAUCCAAACGCCGCCUGGUCAUGGGUCUCCGAGAGGUCACCAAGCACAUGAAGUUGCACAAGAUUAAGUGUGUCAUCAUCUCUCCAAACUGUGAAAAGAUCCAGGCCAAAGGUGGUUUGGAUGAAGCUUUGUACAAUGUGAUUGCCAUGGCCCGGGAGCAGGAGAUCCCAUUUGUGUUUGCCCUGGGCAGAAAAGCUCUUGGACGCUGUGUCAAUAAACUAGUGCCUGUGAGCGUGGUUGGCAUUUUCAACUAUUCUGGAGCCGAGGGUCUCUUCAACCGUUUAGUGUCUCUGACGGAAGAAGCCAGGAAGGCCUAUAAGGACAUGGUGUCAGCUCUGGAGCAGGAGCAGGCCGAGGAGGCGCUGAAAAAUGACAAGAAAGUCCCACACCACAUGGGGCAUUCCCGUAACCACUCUGCUGCCUCUGCAAUCUCCUUCUGCUCUAUCUUCUCCGAGCCUAUUUCAGAAGUCAAUGAAAAGGAGUACGAGACCAACUGGAGGAGUAUGGUGGAGACUUCAGAUGCUCCAGAGCCUGUUGAGGCUGAGCAGAGUCGCCCUGCACCUCCCACAGCCGGCCAGAAGGACACUGAGCCUCUGGCAGCCACAGCCAACGCCGCUCCGUCUACCUCCACCGCUCCGCAGUCCAGGGCAGGGCCUAUGACACAGGGUACCGGUGAGAGAGAUGAGGUGCGGGUGGACGAUCGGCUGGAGCUGGCCUCACAGCAGAGCACAGAAACGGGCUCGUUGGAUGGAAGCUGCAGGGGUCCGCUGAACUCCUCUAUCACCUCCACCACUUCCACCCUCGUCCCUGGGAUGUUGGAAGAGGCGGAGGAGGAGGAAGAGGAGGAAGAGGACUACACUCCUGAACCUAUUUCUGUGGAGGUGCCCACCCUCAGCAGCCGCAUCGAAUCCUGGGUGUCAAAGACCCUGGAAAACCUGCAGCUGGGAAAGAGCCAGGAAAGUACGGAGGACGAGGAGGAAGAAGAUGAGGAGGAGGAGGAGGAGAGAGGGCAGAGUGAGGAUGAGGAGGACCUCGACUCAGCAGACAUCACAGAGACGACGUCGGAGGACAAAGAGCAAGUGGAGGCUAAGAAGGUCACUGGCUGAAACCGCUUGUCCUCCUCCUCCCUCUUUUCUUACAUACAGUCAUUCGCUCUGUCCUCUGGCUCUCACACAUCCCUCUUCACAGCAACCAGCAGCUUUUCUCCUCUGUCUCUAACCCCUGACACUAGACAUAAUCUCAGGUAUCCAACCAACUGACCAACACUCACACGCAGCUUGUUAACGUGUUACGGAGAAACCGACCAACUUACAAACACACAGGCUCGCAGACCAACCAACAACCAACACAUUUUGAAGGAUAGUAGUGACAUUUAUUCUGCCCAUAACCUGCUACACUUGAAACAGAGAGAAGCUUUUGAUUCUCCUCCUCUCUAACUGAACUCUUUUAGAGCCGAGGACUUUUCUGGGAGCAAGUGAUGAGCGCUAAAAAUGUUGCUGUCAGUAGCUCACAGAGAAGGAAGGUUGGAACCUUUCAGCUCCCAUCUUACUUUAAACAGAGGUUUACAGCUCUGCAAGUGUGUGUGUGUGUGUGUGUGUGUGUGUGUGUGUGUGUGUGUGUGUGUACGUACACAUGUAGUUUGCUGUGUUUAUUAGUUUUAUUCGUGUAAAUAACUUGUUUUCCUCUCGUCACUGAGGGCAGGAGAGACGUGCUUUUCUUAAGCUACAUCCAUACCACGACAUUAUCGUUUGAAACUCAUCCCUGCUACAGAUCCACCUGGCACCCACACUGCUCUGGCAUUCUAGAGCCGCUAAUACAGAGGUUUGGAAAUGCUGCUGUCUUUGUUUUAGAAAACUCCACUGGAGACAAUGACGCAGAUUGGCUCAUUUCUGCCACAACGUAGCUUUUGCUGAUUCCUUAGGCUUCUAUCACAUGACCCCCUUGUAGAAAAAAACAACCGGCAUUAGCAACAUUGAUAAUCAAUUACAUGUUACAUGUUGUCUUUGCUAAGUCGGUUGUGCUUCAUUUUACACAUUACGACGGUCGUGGAUUCCUGAUUACUCUGGCAAGGGCGUGCCCAGUGUGAGUGAGUGGUGAUGUCAUAUGCGUUUUCAGGCAUGUUAGCAUGGACAGGGAUUAAAACUGUUUACAGAGCCAAAAGGUUUGUGUGGACAGAGAUCCUUUUAGCUUGAAAACGUCCUUUUCAAACUUAAACGUUGUCGUAUGGAUGUAGCCUGUAUCUUUGCUUGGUUGGUAUUUAAUCUUCCUCACAGAACAUUAUAGUGUCAGGGGUUCUGUCUUUCUACCAAAACCACUCCCACCCAUCAGUCUUCUGAGAGUGUUUCUUUUUUUUUUACGUUCAAAUUAAUUUGUUCCGUUCUGUAUUCAGAUGAUUCAACUGACUUAACUUCCAAGAGGCGAAACAAGCUUUGUGUAUAUAUAACCUCGUCUCAGUGGUUCUACUACAGUGUGUAAUGGUGUGUCAUUGAUUUGCUAAUUGUGAAGCUGUUUGGCGUUUGUUUCCUCUGACUGGGAUUGUCCUCAGUUCCUACAUGCUGUCUGUGCUUCAUAAAAAAAAUUAUCUUCCCUGUGGUGGUGAUUGUUGUCUGAUUAGGGCGGAGCUCUCAAGCUGCCUCUCACCAACCUUACCUGAUUCAUCACUGGUGGCACGUCAGUGUUAAGCACUGCCUCCUCACAGCAGGAAGGUUCUCCCCAGUUUAUCCGGGGCCGCUCUGUGUGGAGUUUGCAUGUGGGUGUACGCUGCCUCUUGCUCAAAGUCACAUGGGAUUGGCUCCUCCUGCAACCCUUCAAGGACAAGUGGAUCUUUUUAAGUCAAAGAAAGAAAUUGCAAAUGUUUUGAUAAAAAUGCAGUUUGUAUUUAAGUUGCUCACUUGAGGCAUUAACAGCAUUAUGAAAGUAGUGGGAAAAACUAACACAUAAAUCAAAUUAACCUAAAGGACAAGCUUGUGUUUAAUCAUCUUGAUGAAGUUUACAAGUGCCCAAGCCUGUAAAAUCUGACAUGUCUGGUUAAAAGUGCAGUGAAUCCUUGGAGAGCUCUAUGGACUCACACUCAGAUUUUGUCGGCACCCGGCUCAAACCUCCAGUAUUAAAUCAUGUCGCCACAGCUGAGACGCUCUCUCCUCAGGGCAGAGUCACCAGUGUCAAGCAAGUCACCCCACAGUCAUGCACAUGCAUAAACCCUUGUAAAUACAAGUGUACAAAAGAGAUUUUGAUUUUGCAUUGUAUCAAGAAAAAAAUACAGUCGUCCUGUUCUUAAAGCCAUUUGAUAGUUUUAACAUUUUAAGAGUUGGAAUCCAAUCUGAUAAAGGUAUUUGAUAGUGAAUCGUGGUGAGAUUAAAACCUGUCUAUGAUGGUGCGCCGUGUAAAUGCAGUAUGAUGGGCUGUAUGCAAUGUGAAGCCUGAGAUAGGAGAUGAAGGUGUACUGAAUGUCAUACUUGGGAUUAUGAAAGUAUUUCUGGUUUGAUUCAAAGUACGCUGUGUGUAGGCUUUUUGUUGCCAUGACUUCCAUCACAGUGUUUGAAGUAUGUUAAUUGACAGCAAGUGUGUUUUUUGCACUAUGUAAAUAUAGUACUGGUUAAGGUCUUGUAACUAAUGUGAACAACAAAAACAGACAACAAAAAAAAAACGGUUCAAUGAAGUACUUUUUUCAGCGUGUCCCUCGUCUUUAUAUGGAUAUUUAAGGCCGUCUCUUCUUCAGACUGUACAUCACUACCAACAUUGUUAGAGGCUGUUUCCCAUAAUCCUGUUAUCGCUCUUAAUCUAUAUGAACAGGUGAUUAACAUCAUUAAAAUGUCUGUUUCAGUACAUCA